AUGUUUCUCCACUCUUUGGAACACCUCACACCCACACAUAAAUUGAAACGAUCACUCCUUCAAUCAUCAUCGGAUGAGAAUCCAAACUCCAUUGUGCCUAAUAAUGCCAUCAUCAUUCUGAAUGGUACUUUUAAUCCUAUUCAUAAUAAUCAUUUAUUACUCUUGGAAGAUGCUCGGAACUAUUUAAUGAACGAAUUGAAUAUGAAUGUAUUGGGAGGAUUCAUUACGUUACGAGCGGAUUGUAGCGUUAAAAAGAAGUGUCAAGGAAUUACUGGAAAUAUUCAUGAAUUUGUUUCUGCAGUGCAUCGGAUCAAAAUGUGUCAAUUAACAGUUGAGAACUCGGAUUGGAUUGCAGUCGAUGAAUAUCAAGCCUUGCAAGAUCAUCAAAUUAAUUUUAAACAAGGCCAACAGCAAUUUUGGAGAGUAUUAAAAUCAUUCUAUGGAGAAAAUUGUCAACAAUCUAUUAAAGUGUUUAAUGUGAUUGGAGUGGAUAAUUUGCAAAAGUGUGGAAAACAUAUUUGUGAAAAUUUGAUUUGUGUGGUGAAUAGAGAAUGUCUUGAAUUUAAUUUGGAACAAUGGAGAAAUGAAUUCGGGUAUCGUCGGAAAGUGAUUAUUGUGAAUGCUUCCAUCAUGAAACCCAUUAGCUCCACAAUGAUUAGAAAAAAGUUCAAGAACGGAGAAACAAUAUCCUCGGAGGAAAUGCCACAAAGCGUUCUGAAUUAUCAUUUAGAGAAUGGUAUUGAUUAUAAACACUCACUAGUCCCACAAGUAGAUGAGGAUCAAGAUAUUGAUGUGUUUGAAAAAAUUCUAUCCCAUUGUUUGCAGACAAAUUUACCAUACAUUCCAUUUCAAGAAUUACAAUUAGAAGAGAAAAACAAAGACAUUCUACUUGGAAAAGGUGUCAAAGGAGAGGUAGUUCCAAUGAUCUACAAAUCUAAAAAAGUCGCUGUCAAACGUGUGAAUUUAUCCAAGAAGCAUGAACACAAAUUUGGAUUCAAACAAGCACUGAAUCAUUUUUUAAUGGAACUGGAACUACUUGCAUCCCUUAAAGGUCAUGAAAAUGUUGCCGAGUGUUAUGGAAUCUCCCUCGAUGGAGAAUAUGGUUGUUAUAUUUUAGAGUUUUGUGAUUUUCAAUUACAGGAAUAUCCGUCACAACAUUUUCCUCUCACUACUGAGCAAUGUCGAUCCAUCGUUCUUGACGUGGCUCAAGGUAUGAAAUUUAUUCAUGACAACAACAUUCUUCACAGAGAUUUAUCUUUGCAGAAUAUCAUGCUUUGUAAAGUAGCAACAGACAAUCAAAAAACUCCAACAUUUAAGGCCAAAGUGAUUGAUUUUAGUGUCAGUAAGAAAGUGGAUUGGAAAGUUCAACCACCUCGUGGAUCUAUGAGACGAUACGCUCCAGAGGCUAUUCAGAACAGCUCUGAUUAUUCCUUCGCAAGUGAUGUCUACAUGUUUGGAAAUGUUGUGUAUGAAUUAACACAUGGUCAUGUCGUGUUUAGGAAUCAUGGUAAAGUCUCUGAUGUUUGUCAACUUGUCAUGAGAGGAGAAAGACCUGAAAUUUCAAAGAACAAGACCAACAAUGAUGUCAUUCUUCAAAUCAUGACACAAUGUUGGAAUCAUGACCCUUCCAAACGACCCUCUUUUAGUGACAUUAUUGAAUGGAUCAUGUCGAGAGUGGAUUAA